AGGAUCUAACCUGUGCUGUGAACCCCCCCGCGUCGCGAGCUUUACCGUGCACCAGCCAUGGGACGCCGACCUGCGAAGUGCUAUCGAUACAACAAGAACAAGCCGUACCCCAAGACCCGCUACUGCCGAGGAGUGCCAGAUCCAAAGAUCCGCAUCUUCGAUGUGGGAAAGAAGAAGAUGCCAUGCGAUGAGUUCCCCGCGGCAGCGCAUUUGGUCUGCGACGAAGACCAGCAGCUGACCGCAGAGGCGCUCGAGGCGGCGCGUAUCGCGGUGAACAAGUACAUGGCGACCAACGCUGGUAAGGAUUUCUUCCACAUCCGCAUUCGCCCCCAUCCUUUCAACGUGCUGCGCAUUAACAAGACCUUGUCCUGUGCCGGGGCCGAUCGUCUGUCCAGCGGCAUGCGCGGGGCCUUCGGCAAGCCUUACGGCACCGCGGCGCGCGUGGACAUCGGACAGGUGCUGAUUUCCCUGCGCACCAAAGAGGAGAAGAUCCAAUUCGCAGUGGAGGCUCUGAGGCGUGCCUCGGCCAAGUUCGCGGGGCGGCAGAAGGUGCACGUCUCCAAUAAGUUUGGCUUCACCAAAUACACCAAGAAGGAGUACCAUGACCACAAGGCCUCCGGUCGUUUGGUCCCUGACGGCACCAACGUCCGCUGGCUCUCCAGCCGCGGACCCUUGUGGCGUCUCAUCGGGCGCGAGAACGCCUAAGCAACGGCGUCGCUUGAACAGCUGGGGUACAGUUGGCACAGGGAUGC